ACUGAUCGCUCUAUUCCAAUUUCCAGAUCAAAGUGAUUCUCUCAUUUGAGUCGACUCACUUUCAAAUCGCCCUCUAGGGAGAUGAUGAUCGUGCAGAGAGGGAUUCCUCUCUUCCCAAUCUCUCCUGCUCCUCAAUUCCGACCUACCCCUCCAAUUGCUCUACUCCACCACCGCCCUUAUCCUCCUCCGCUCUCCCCCGUGAAGAUCUCGGAUCGGGUCGAGGUUCGGAAAGUGUGUCGCUACAAUCUCAAAGCCGAGCUCGCCGUUAUUCAGACUCUGAUCAGGACCGGCUUUCGAGUGGCUAGCUUCGACACCGAGUUCCCCGGAACAGUGGUGCCCUCUAAGGUUCCAAGGCAUUUGAUUUCUCAGGCGGGUCCUGCUGAUGUUUACGAGAUGAUGAAAGCUAAUGUGGACAAGACCCACAUUAUUCAAUUGGGGCUUUCACUUUGUGACCCGUGUGGGAACUUGCCUGUUUACGAUGGCGCUUACUGCUGCUGGGAGUUCAACUUUAGUGAUUUCGAUGUGGAGUGUGAUGAUCAUAUGAGGAAUAGUGAUUCGAUUGAUCUGUUGGAGAGGCAAGGAAUUGACUUUUCUGAGAAUAGAGCUACUGGUAUUUGUUCGGCUGAUUUUGCUGAGGAGAUUGUGAGAUCUGGGCUUGCGCAGUUGCUUCCCUGCUUGACUUGGGCAACAUUUCAAUGUGCCUAUGAUUUUGGGUACCUGGUGAAGGUUUUCAGUGGGAAGAAGGAAUUGCCUGAGGAUGUGAAUGGGUUUAUGUCUCAUGUUAAGGCUUACUUUGGACACAAGGUGUAUGACAUCAAGUACAUGAUGAGAUACUGUGAUAGGUUGUUUGGAGGUUUGGACAGAGUGGCAGAAACUCUUGGUGUCUGUCGUGUCGCUGGGAGUAGCCACCAGGCUGGUUCAGAUAGUCUUUUGACUCUGCAGACAUUUAUUAAGAUUCUCAACAUGGAGAAGAGCAAAGGGAAAGAGCUCUCUGAGUAUUGAAUAUACAUGCUGACAAGGAGACUGUAUCUGCCAAACGCUUUUGCAGAUCAAAAGAUACCCAUAUGCUCAUGUCUAUGAGUAUUCCAAAU